AUGAUGGAGAAUAACUGGCUCAAGGACGAGGACUCCGGAUCCAGCGGACCGAAAGAGCAGAGAGAACCUCCAUUUACCGGAGACAACGAAGCAGAUGACGAGACGCUGGACCGUAUCUAUCGCAAACUAGACCUGCGAAUCAUCCCGCCACUAUGGACGCUCUACUUCCUCUGUUCUGCGAUCCGAUCCAAUGUCGGGCUGGCACAGACGAUGAAUCUGAAGGAGCAUCAUGACCUGGGCUCAGUGCUACAUCUGACGCCCCGGCAAAUCUCGACGAGUUUGGCCCUGUUCUAUGUGUGCUAUAUCAUAUUCGAUCUGCCUUCGAACCUGAUCAUGACCAGACUGAGCCCUCAUGUCUGGAUGAGCCGAAUCGUCAUCAGUGUUGGUGUUAUUGGAGCGUUGAUGGCAGCUGUCAAAGCCGCAUGGUCGUUGUACCUCCUCCGUCUUCUUCUUGGAAUCGUGAUAGCAGGCAUGUGGCCAGGCAUGGCAUACUAUCUAUCACUUUUCUACCCUCCAGCCCGCACCGGCCAGCGUAUCGGCUUCUACUUCACAGCCGCUCAGGUCUCAGCUGCAGUCGUCGGCCUAGUGUCAGCAGGGUUCCAGAAAAUGGACGGCCUGGGAGGCCUCGCGGGGUUCCAAUGGAUGUUCCUUAUCUGGGGUCUCGCGGGUACUUUAAUGGGCAUAACGUUGCUAUGGUGGCUACCAGACCGACCUGUGCCACCAGGCGAGUCCCAUCCACCUCGCUCGGCCUGGCUUCGAUGGAUACCCAACACCAAACCGGCUCUAUCAGGCCGGGACGAAGAGCUGCACUACGCCGAUGUUCAGCGCGUGUACAAGAAAGUACAGUGGGGAUGGUCGGAUAUUCUGCGCAUACUAUGCGACUGGCGCCUCUGGCCCGUGACAAUAAUGUACUUUGGCGUCGUGGGCGUCGGCAUCGGAGUGCAGAGUUACGGCACGGUCAUCAUCCGUGCCGCCAUCCCUUCUCUGACGGGCGUGCAGCUGUCUUUACUCUUCGCACCGAUCUGGGUGAUGGACCUGAUAGCGAUACUGAUCAUGACGCCGAUAUCAGAUGCAUUCCACCACCACAGACCGGCAAUAUUCAUCUUCUCGUGUCUGAUAUUACUUACCGGCCUGCUGCUUACGACUUUCACGCACACCUGGACUGCAUACGGCGGGCUGUUGAUCGUAGGCUUUGGUCUAGGCCCAACAGUGCCCAUCACCAUGUCCCUGACGGCCGAGCUGUUUGGAGCAAGAUACGGCGACGUUGGCGUUGCUGCAUCAACCGCUAUAGUGAGCGGGCUGGGCAACCUGGGGAGUAUCGUGAGCACCUAUGCGCUGUACACGGGCUGGGAAGGAGAUGUGAAGAGGGGGUAUAGAGGGAGCAACGGUGUGAUGUGCGGUAUUGUUGGGGGUAGUAUUGUUGCAGCAGUGGCCGUGGGGAUGAUUGUAUGGGGCAAGCAGAAGGAAGAGCAGCGCGGUUGGAGAGGCGUAUGGUGGGCGAAAUGGUUGAUGAAAUGA